GUGUAUAAAAAAAAAGGUUGAUUUAUAAUUUACUUUUUCUUUCUCUCUUUCUUCCGAGCAGGCACUUUUUGAUCUACAAAAAAAAAAGAUAUAUAUACGUAUAUAUAAAUAUAACUAGUAUGGAUUCCAAUAUAUCGCAACAAGCGUACACAUCAAUGAUGAAAUUUACAAUCGAUGGACGACCUUUUCUUAAGGAUAUUCAUGAUCUGUUUGCUGCACUGAUUGUCCAAAUCCCACUUGACACGCACAGAUAUUUAUUUCGAAAUUAUUACAAUACGUUUUCAUCAGAGGAUGCUAUUCAAGCCUUGGGUAAUUUACGCUUUUCGCAUACCGUACGUAUACCCGAUCCAAAUGAUUCAUCUCGUCAACAAAGAACUACCACCACAACAACAUUCAAUAUGGCCAGAGAAAUGGCGAAAUCCCUCUGUCAACAAUUUCAGAACUGUAGGUUAAUGGAAAAUGCAGUUGACCCCCAGAAUCGCACAUUUCGCGAUAAAGGUAUUUGGCACUUGACACCAAAAGGUUUAUGCGUACUACAAGACUUUUGUGUUCGUACCGAAGUCAAUGUAUCAAGCCUCAGAAAACAUUUUAGUCAUAUGGAAGCUAUUCAUCUCGUUCGCUUAGAACGUAAUUCUGAUGAUGAUCAACUGCUAUUAAACAGAGCGUGUGUAUCUGUCAUUUUCAGAGUCAUGAUGACUUGUCUACCUGUAGAUGGUGAAUUAUCUAAUACUGGAAAUGCAAGCUCCGUGUCGGUUUCAACAAGAAAUACACCACCUUCUUCGACUUCUUCCUCUGUAUCAUCUGGCUCUUCUUCUACAACACCUUCUCUUAGUGCUCCAUUUGCAAUGUCAUCCACUGUUUCUGGUGGUGAUUCAAGAGUGCAUAUGCUUGGUAACUACUUGUUGACUUUGUCCAAGUCUACGCGACAAAGCAAAACUGCCAAAACAAUGAGAACAGUCUUUUCUUCUCAAAUGUGCUGUGAUUGGUUAUUAGAAUACAAUACUGUCUCCUGUCGUGAGGAAGCAGAAAUAAUUGCACAAGAAUUUAUCAAAUAUAACUGGAUCGAACACCAGGAUGCUAAACACGUCAACACACCCAUAAAGGCAUCUAAAGUGAUCAUGUUUGUUGUGACGGAAAAAGGAAAGCAAGUAGUAUCUGAACCUAUAAAGCAACAAGUCCCACCUCAGCAACCGCAGCCUGCAUUAAUUGCUUCGUCAACCAACUUAACGAGAUCAAGAACGAACACAAUCGGAACCAUUACCGAGGAAGAAAAAACGACGUUGAAAGAGAUACUUUCACAAGAUCCUGAAUCCUUACUAAUUACAACCACACAGCAAACAACAGACGAUGAUACAAGCUCGAUAGCAGAGACAACUGCUGAACUAUCUAUUUCACGCCCACCUAGUAUUGCAGUAGAACAGCAUGAUCCUAAAGAAAGUAAUUCUGCGCGACUCAAGAUCAUAUUGGAAAGUCCUAAACUUCGAUCACCAUUUAAAGACUUUUUAAGGGCUAAUUUUUGUGAAGAAAACCUGGACUUUUGGAUUGAUUUCAACACUUUAAGAAGAAAAUAUCGUAACCAAAGUCCGGCGUUACCUUCCCAAAACCAAAAGGAUUUACUUGAAGAUGCUUAUGAUAUCUGGUCUACCUAUUUAGCACCUGGUUCAACCUGUGAAUUGAAUGUAGAACACUCGCUUUGUCAAGAAAUGGCUCGUAUCGUCAAUUCUGUUGUGACAAUUAUUCCGUCUGCCUAUCCCGGACAAAGCAAGCCUACAAUCUUAAUCACGGCUUCAUCUGCCUCUCAAAGUCUACGAAUGAUGCUUAAAUUAUUUGAUAGAGUGAAUGAACAUAUCUGCCGUCUGAUGGCCUCAGAUUCUGUACCCAAAUUUGUAAAAACUGAAAAAUAUCGUAAAAUUAUUGAUCAAAUCGAGCGAAGUGAACGUAAAAAACAACGUGAAUUAAAUGAAGUCAGCGAUUCCUUAAGAAGGAUGGAGUCAAAGGAGGAAUUACAAGCUUAAAUUUUUUUUUUUUUGGAAAUAAUAAAAAAAAAUCUUUGAAACUCCCUUUU